AUGCCCAAAUGUGGACUUAAGCUCGAUGGUGUUGUGGCUGAGUGGGGCGUUGCACUCGGGCUUGUUACACGCCUUACCAAGACCGGUCGACUGAUCGAGGCUCCUGAAGGCUUUGAGCUUAAGCCUGGCAACAAAGUCGUUGCCCACAACCAUGAGAUUCUCAGACCUGUGUUGACUCGGAUGGCUGAGCAUGCGGACUGGGAGCUGUUUUCUCUUCCAGAGGUGAAGAAGAAGCUGACGGCUUUGCGACGUUCCUUCGGCAUCAAGAUCGACAAGGAUGCGAUUCACAUGGAUGGCUUGUGGACUAAGAACUUCGCUUCCUUUGUGAAGAUGAAAGACAGUCCCGAAGAAGAUCCUGGAGAUGAAGACAUGGAUGCAGAUGACGACGAUGAUGAUGACGAGGAUGGUGCUGACGGCGAGCCGGCAGCGGAGGGAUCGGGCCAUCCAGCUGAGCCAAGUGAAUAUGGCCCUGACAUGGAGGUCGAGGAUGUAGGCUCCGUAGAAGAGUUGGACGGUGACGCUUGCAGCGAGGCUGACGGAAGCCAUGAGAUCGUGCCUCUGAACGACAGUCAUAUGGGAGCAAGGGCCCCCUCGCGCAAGGCAAUUGCCAUUGCCUUGAGUGAUGAGGAGGAGGCCACCGCAGCAGGUGCAGCUGAGGAUCGUGUCCACGAGUUCAACGCCAAUCUGGUACGAUUGCCACGCUUGCAGGAGUUGAAGGAUCAGAUGGAGUCAACACGCCGAGAGCUGGAGAGCAAGAUGCUCGACUAG